CCGCCCGCGAUCGUUCUUCAGAGUAGAGACACGCGACAUCUCGCGACGGACAUACGAAAACCACAACUUUUCAAAGCGCGCCAAAUUUGGCUAUAGAUAUUAAUCGUUAUUGCUAAAUAUUACAAAAAUACUUAAUCAAAGAUAAAUAAAAAUAAAGAACUAAGAAAAAGAAAAAAAGUUUUUCGUGCGGUUGUAACUCCGCAAAAGUUAUCCGAGUGAUACUCGUAUAAGUACUUUUAGGACUGUCUGUUACCAUCGUUCUGGAAUCGUUUUCUCGUCGAACGGUGAACAAAGAAAAGUUGCUCGUUACCAUAUUAUGCACAGUCGAUGAAAUUCCCGACAGGAAGGGAUAUAUCAAAGAGGAGGAGAGUAUAAUAUUCCGACUACGGUGGAGGAAGGAGUAACAAAAAUGAUUUAUUCUACUGCAGUUCUGGGCGUGCUCAUCUCUACUUUAUGGCUGCAAGGUUGUUCGGGAGCAAGUCUGAAGGUCGAUCCGUCGACUUUGCCAACGUUUCUAACGCCCAGUCAAGCAUUCAAGGUCACGGAGAGGGAAACGGUGCUAUUGCCCUGUAGGAUCGCUAAUCCUGGUCACUAUAUAUUGGCGUGGAAAAAGGGAACUGCAGUUCUAUCAGCUGGGAACGUGAAGGUUUCACCGGAUCCGCGGAUAAGUCUCGUCAACGGAUAUAGUUUGGAGAUCAAAGGGGUCGAACCAGCGGACGCUGGCGACUACGUUUGCCAAAUCGGGACUUUGGAGCCUAGAGAAAUUACCCAUACAGUUGAAGUACUCGUUCCUCCUUUAAUUCACUAUGUGUCCUCGGACGGACGUGCGGAGGUGAAAAAAGGAUCCGCUGUCAGUUUGGAGUGUAAGGCAAGCGGAAAUCCAACGCCGAAAAUUACAUGGUCGAGAAAGAAUAACGUACUUCCGAAUGGAGACCAGACGUUAGUCACUCCGAUUCUAACUCUAGAUAAUGUGGACAGACACCAAGCCGGCAUAUAUUUGUGCACGGCGAGUAAUGGAGUAGGAGAAGCUGUUACCCAGCAGAUUAUCCUUCAUGUGUUAUAUCCCCCGGAGAUCUCGGUGGAGAGUCCCGUGGUGCAUUCUGGAGAAGGUUUGGAAGCCCAACUCGUCUGCAUCGUGCACGGAGAAAGUCAACCGGAAAUUUUAUGGUAUAGAGAUACAAUGCAACUGGACACUACCGAACAACGUAGCAUGGAGUCACACGGUUCGAGGCACAAGCUCGUUAUCCGUAAAGUCCAGCGCUCGGACUUCGGCAACUACACUUGUACCGCGGACAAUCCGCUAGGGAAGAGCAGAAAGACCGUCCAAUUAACGGGAAAACCGAACGCUGCGAAGUUCAGCAGUGCCUCAAGGGGUCGAUGGAGGGACAGCUACAAUAUUAGUUGGGCGGUCCACUCGCUCAGCCCCAUCGAGGAGUACAAAUUGCUCUUCAGGCGGCUGCCUGAAUCGGCCGCAGCGGCCGGACACGAGGACGGACAUCCGCAACCAUUGCACCAUCAGAGCCAGAGAAGGAUCACCGGAAAGGAGGGUAUUGGGAUUUACGUACAGCAGCACCAGCAGUUCAUCGACAGGCGAACCGAUUGGCGUGAUGUUAUCCUGCAGGCAGAUCCAAGUCAGUCGCCGAAGGGCGUCCAAUCGAUGAGCUAUAUAAUCAAGGGCCUCCAACCGGGACAAAAUUAUGAGGCUAAGGUGCAGGCUCGCAAUCGGUAUGGAUGGAGCCCAAUUUCUGAACCAUUUACAUUUCAAACCACAGACACAGAUAUGACUUAUCCGGAAAGACCUCAAUCACCUAGCCAUGUCUAUAAUGAGAACGAAAUACGCGACUUGGGAAUGAGGCUAUUCUCGAGCUCCACCAAUGUAAUAUGUUCGUUUCGAUUAUCGACAAUUAGUUUGAUAAUAAUCUCGGUCAGCUUGCUCUCUUGAACUGGAACAAAUUCACCGUAUUAAAUUUCUCUAAAUCCCGAAACGUCCUAGAAAAUUUCAAAUAACGCAGCACCAAAUAUUUAUUUUCACUUCUUCUUGUUAUUAAUACAAUUUCUAUGAUUGCUAAAGAGAACAAAUACAAACGAGGAGUCAUAUUCGUUUCGCUGUAAGUAAAGAAAAAAAAGUAUAUUCUAUUUAAUCUUUAUAUUGAAUGUUCGCUAUUUAAAUGUUAACGACAGGGUAUAAAUUCUUUCAAAUCUAUUUGUAUUCUUUUUUUGUAUUACAUUUUCUAGUAUUUCAUUUCAGAUGUAGUAAUAGAAUAUGUUUUGAUUUUUGAACGUUUAAGUUGUAUAUUUAUAACUUCGAUGUACGUGUAUUAUAAAUAAGAUAAGUGAAUUAAAAAAAAACUAUGUGACAUAAGUUGUACUAAAUCAUAAAGUUGAGAAAUCGGAGGAGAAUAGGGCAAAGGGCGGAUUAAACAGUUACUUACUUUGAAUGACCAAACAGACAAAAAUAAUGAAAAAAAAAGAAUAAAUGAAGAUGAAGACUAUAUAUUUUUGUAACGAAAAUUGUAGAAAAUGAAAAAUUAAAAUUUGUCUCGCUGGCUUCGGCAUGUUUAUUUACAAUCUUUAAACCGGCAAAAUUACAAAAAAUUCGCAUGUAGAAUUAUGUAUUUAUGUAUAAAAGUGAUAUUUAAAGAUUUAAUAUAUUACAUAUAAGUGCAUAAAAAAUUUUUUUUAAGAUAUUUUGGGAGAAUUGUCUAGGUGUUGCAUACAAAUUGUAUAAUUGAUAACUUUUGAUUAUGAUUAAUUUCAAUAUUAUAUUAUUAUAAAUGGUUUUGAAUUACAAGUAUAAAACUAAAAAAUAGAUGAUUUUAAAUUUUAUCUAAACUUGAAUGAUUGCAAUGCUUUUUCAUAAAUGGAUUAAAUCCAGGUAAGAAUUCCUAAAUUAAAAAAUGUUUUAAUGUUAUUUUCUUCAUUUGAUGCGACUCAAAUAAAAUAUUUUGUUGCAUUUAUCAUUUGAUAUGAUUUAAACGUUUUAAUUUACAGAUUCAAGUUAUUAUUGAAACUGGUUUCUUUAUGAAACUGUUUAUGAAACUUUGGCCAUAAGAUCUUGAUAAGUUAAUGAUAUCAACAAUCCAACCGUACUGACUUUGACCACAAUUGUCAAAGAUUUUCUUGGACCCAUCGCCUUAAUUUUUGUUUGACCAUAUCAAAUGAGACGCCAAAUGGUUGCUUUAAUACCAUAAAUUUUAGCUUUAGCCCCAUGUUGUAGUAUAUAGAAGAAUAAUGCCAAACCCAUGAAAUCCACAUCAAUAGCAUAUACUUGCGUAAAAUGCAUUACCAUAUUGCAAAUUUGCUUCACCAACAGCUUCAUUUAUACGAACUACAGACCAAAAUCCAAUUAUAGAUUAUAAGUAAACUCAACCCAACUCUAGAAGCUUUGCCUUCAAUUAUCAUUCAGUAAUAAUCCAAAUAUAUCAAUCCAUACACUGUUAGCAAACGUUUUUGAAACACAAAUAAUAGCAUGCAUCAAAUAAAACUCUUGUCAUUAGCCUUAAAAUGGAAUCACAAACGCAUAUUGAUCUCCUUCUCUAAUAGAACACAAUUUCAUAUAGAGGAGAUCCUUAUAAAUUUUGAAAUCAUCCCAAAAAUAUAAUUCGAAAAAUAACAAUAAAUAACGGCCUCAAGCUUUAUGCGCAAGUUUCAUUUCAUUUAAAUAUUUUGUUUAGUAUGUUAAUAAAAGCUAAUAAAGGAAUCACAAAAUAACGGCUUCAAGCUUUAUGUGCAAGUUUCCAUUCAUAUCUACGUCCCGUUUUCAAGCCAGUGAAUGAAUAGUCUCUAAUACCUCUUCCGGGGUAACAUCAAUUCUCUAUAAUGAAUAGGCGAAAUAGGAUUGUUCUGGAAAUUCUCUGUAAUAUAGUAAUAAUCGCAUUUCUAUAUCAUCACCACCUUGUAAUACUGAAUUCUAAUGCUUCAUGAAAAUCAUGAUCAUGAAAAUCCUGAAAUUCAUUCCGGUCAAUAAUUACCGUAUUAGAUUGAAAUUUCCUACCAUAAUAGUCGACCCGAGAUCGCGAAGAGAAAUAGACACAACAAACGUGAAAAUGUACAGGAAGAGCUUUCGCAAUUAAUCGAGUGAAAUUGUUGUUUAACGAGUAUAGCUUACGCAGAUAACAUUUUAGCAAUAAAGCAUUAAAUAAUCUGGUUUCAUGUAAGUGGAGAACGUAGAAUGAUAAUAACUUGCUUGACAAUAAUUAAAUAAUUUGCCGUUGUCUUCAAAUGACUAUCAAAUUAAUAUGUAUAUUAUAACAUUAUAUUUAAUAUUAUCCCUUGAUUUUCCUUAUUUGAAUCACUUCAUACUAUUAUGCUAUUAGCAAAUCAUUCCAGCUCUUGGUAAUGAUCCUCAAAUUAGGGAGAUGAUCAGAAACACUAAUAAGAAAUUGAUUUUACAAAAUACAUGUCUCGCAUUUCAUUGUCCAAAAACAAUUACGCUGUGAAAUUUUUGCCAAGCGCAAGUACUAAAUAUUAAUAGAAAAACUAAACCCAACCCAACCAAAUAACAAAGGCAAAGGGAAAUUAUCAAGCGUACUUGUUAAAUAGAGACACCGAAACAAUAUCAAGGAUAUUCGUAUAAUUAAGAAUCAUGUACCCAUGACAAUAUUGUGGCCAAAAAUAAAAUAUCGUACUUAGCUUGACAAUAAGAAUGUCAAUAGAAUAUCGUAUGUUCAGAGCUAAGUAUAAGGGAUAGAAGCUAAUCUAUCAAGCGUGAAAAUAAGAAAUAGGGGCAAAAAUGAAAAUAUUGAUAUGUGCAAAAGCAUAUCAGUAGAAUAUCACAGAAAAAUCAUGGUCAGAGGAUAACGUAAAUUAUCCAGAAUGAUUGCAUAGAAACCGGCGAAAUAAUCUGCAUAAAUAAUUUUUCAUAGUAGCAAAUUAUUAUGCGUUAAUGUUGUGAAACUAAAUAUAAAGAGAGCAAUAAUAUCGUGAAUAAUAUCAAGAAUAUCAGAAAUAAAAGCAGAUUACAGAUCUCUGUUUUGUAUGUACCGAUACCAUCCGAAAACUAGACAACGUUGUUUAGUCAAAAAUUUAACUCUACAAAGGAUAUCCCUCAUUCCCUAGUAAAUACGCUUGCUAUAACUUAUUAAAAUUAAUAUAAUCAUACCAUAGCCAUAAUCAGUUCUACAACUUGUAAUAAAGUUGUCAAAAUUGUGACAACACGACACAUUUCAACAGUUUCGCCCAGUUUAGUUAAUCCUUUGAUUUUGAUACCAGAAUCUUGUCUCUGUAUUUGUCUGGCUCGGAGGAGUAAAUGGCCAUAAACCCAAAAGGAGGCAAGAUAACUGCAACAACUGUAAACACUACUAUAAUUAAUGGAGGAUAUUUCCCGACAAUCCAAAUUUGCAAUUUAUAAUGUACAAACACAACGAUGCAUAAAGGUGCUGUUAGAAACCCUUCACAGCCUAAUUUGACUGUAUUACCGAUAGUAUAAUUAUACUGUUAAAUAUGUUCGUGAGUAUGAGACUAAUGUGUAGUAUAGUAUAUGAUCAUUACAAAAUAAUCACUAUUACUUAUUAAAUUUUGAGUAAUACUUUAAAGUAUACUUUUAGCCAAAACCACAUCAAUUGAUGAAACCUGCCGAUAACUAAAUGUAUUAUUAGUCAUGGUAAUAAGAUAAAUAAAUCAUGAUUUUGAUCCUAAACUCAAAAAAUUAAUUACGAGUUUAACGAGAAUCUUGUAUGUUAUAUCUCUAUCAAUCACAAACAUGACAGAAAGCUAAUUCAUACACACAUUCAAAGGAUAUGUGUAGAGUUUCGUUUGCAAAACUAAAUAUACCCUGUCAUGCGUUUAUAUACUGACUUGUUUAAGUUAUGUUCAGAGUAUUCGUAGAUAAUUCAGAAAAAUCAAACUCUAUAAUAAAUUGUUAGGCUGCCAAACAACUGUUUUUCACUCAUUUCACAUUUAAACAUUAUCCGGCACACUUAAUUGAAUCAAAAUUCAAUCAAAUCUUGAUAAUUAGCGGAUGUAGUUUUAUAUUAACUUACAAGUAAUACAACGCCCGUUAAUAUUGAUAAACUUUUUGUAUUUGUCAAUAUUUGGCAAAAUAGCGCAAAAUAAACAAUUUUUGAAAUUCUAAAUCAUCUAAUUAAACUUUGUAUCUGUAAUUCAAAAUCACCUUGUAUAGUUAACACCAAAAAUUAUCUGAAAUACUACUUAUCAUUAAAAAAUCUUAUAGUGGCUACAGACACAUCUCUCAAAACUUAAAAUUAAAAAAUUAGUUUCAUUGAUUGUACUUUUUCAGUUUUAAAUCAAAAAGAGAGAUUGAACAAAAAUUAAUAAAUUAACGUUUAAAUAUUUAAUUUUAAUACAAGUUACCCCAACCGAAAAUAUACAUAACCAGAUGCCUUUAAUGUAAACCAAAUCACGUAAAUCGCACGCCGUGGUUCCAACAGGUGCUGAUUAAGGAGGUUAAUGGAACUUAGAAGCUGCAGUAAAACCGCAAUCUGAAACUCCACAUACACACCUGUAACUAUUAUCCGGCCGCAUACAACACGUUUAUGUAUAUAAUAUUUUCAUUAAGUUAUAAGCCAAUAUGUUCUAAUUUAACACUGAAAAAGUACACAUUUUGGGCUUAUAAACAUUUACAAUCAGAGCAUCUAAAACUGAACUAUAAAAGUGUAUUUAUCUUAGGAAGGUUCAAUAUCGAGCGCUCCUUUUUUUGGUUGUUUGAGUUUUAAGCUGCCGUCGUGAAAGUGUGAACAUAAUGUCACCGUAACGGAAAACGUUCGCUUAGUUGAAAGGUAAAAGAAAAGCAUCUAAAUGAACCCAAAAAGAAAACGAGAGAAACGUCUCCUUGCUUUGAAACCACACUCCGGCACCUGUUAAUUGGUGUCCUAUUACCUAUUUCGCUUAUUAGUUACCGUCAAAGGGUCCAACAAAAGCAUAGAUAGAGCUAUACAUUUUUCUUUAUUUACCAAUUUUUUAUUUCUUUUCUUAUAGAUAUACGUGUAGAUAAGGCGCAUUAUUAAACUCCGAACAUUGCGCCUGUAAUUAUACUAAAUGUUGAUCAGUUUUAUAUAGUAUAUUAGAAAAAAAGCUAAUCGAUUAAGACUAAUGCACUUUUUCCGAGCACAAUAUUAAAUUUUUUUUUUUAUAAAUUUAUCAUAGAAAUAUUUACGUUACGUUCAGUGAUCGAUAUCUACCUUAAAAAUAAAACGAACCAAAGCUGACUAAAUAAACUGUGUGUUACAUAGAUAACUCUAAAUGUAUAGAAUUUUUGUUGCAAUGAUAAAAAAUAAAAUAAAAUGUGCAGUAUAAGCUUGUAAUGUUAAUAAUUUAAAAAUAAUUGACAGCGCGACCAGAAAUUGUAAUUUCCAGAAUUACCAUAAACGUAUAAUCCCGAUCUGAUUGCGGUCACCAUCCAAUCCAAUAUAGGAUUUACGAUAAUUAUAAAAGAAUUAUGUUAACUAGAAUAUUGAUACAGCUUCAAACAACACCAUCUAAUUAAUCUGCUGCAUAACACCAUCUUAUGUUACACAUUUUAUACAAAAAAUACACAAAAAAAAUUCGUUAUGUUGUAAGCUAUAAAAAAUCUCGUAUUAAGUUUACUUUUAGGAAACGUUACAACAAUAAAAAGAAGUAAGCACACGUGUUAAUGUUGUCGUCAUCAUCAAGUAUUGACAAAUUUUGUGUAACGUCAGGACGAAGAGAGUUAAAGGUCUGUGAAGGUGGCGAUGAAACCGACGUAUAAACUAUUAUAGGAAGAUGUAUUUUUUACUAUGUAUUACAUAAAAAAGCUUAUAAGUGUCGUGAUAUAAACGUAUAUAGGUUAACCCAUUAACUGUGUAUGUACGUAAGUAAAAAAAAAUCAUAACGAAACCGUUCUGCAAUUUCUGUAUCGCGGGAAUUAUUGACAGAAAUAAUUAAAAAAUGAAUAAAUUAAUAAAAACGUGUGACACCGUCAAGAUUUAAUUGUAAGUAACAUUAUAUUUAGGUAUGGAAUCUCGUCGCUAUAUAAGUAUCGCGUGCUAUUACUGUAAAGGAUGAGUAUUUACGAAAUUGUAUGGCAUACAUGGAACUGACAAAGAAUAAAACGUGUUUAUAUUGUA